ACAGCCUUCCUCUCAGGUGGCACAGUAUAAAUUGUUGUGUAUCUUCGCGGCUUAGCAGAAGCCAACAUGAAGGCAGCCACAGUCUUGGUCCUGGUGGGUUUUGUCACCCUGGGAAUGGACAUGGUCUGUGCCCGGACUUAUUUUCCUUCCCAAGAACUGCAAGACUAUGGAGAAUGCCCUGAAGUGCCUGAAGGAGUCUAUGGGAUUUGUGUUGAAAGGUGCACAGGAGAUGAUUCAUGUCCCAGGGGAAUGAAGUGCUGCAGCAAUGGCUGUGGUCAUACCUGCCAGGACGCUGUUUUCAAAGAUUACCAAUCUCAAAAGGUGAGUGGAGAUUGACAAGUGUACCUGGUGACCAGCCCAGAAGAUUUCUUGUGAAUCCAUGAAUCCCAGGCUCGGCUAUUCCCUAUCCUUGGAAGAUCUACAAUGGUGGGGUGACUGCUUUCUAAAGCUCUUGUGUCCCAAAUAAAUUUAAUCUGUGCAUGA